AUGUCGGGGUUAAGGCCAUUGCUGCUUCCACAGCUCGUGGAAGUAAAGAAGCAGCGCGGGCUGGUCGAGAGCGACGUCGAGUUGCCGCCGAGCUACUCAGUCCAUAGCGCAUCCUCAUCCGACGUUGCCAGCGUCCUACCCUCGCCGAGUACUUCGGUCUUCUCGCGCACCGGCUAUGCACCGUCGUCGAGCUCAACUUCGUCCCUCGACCUGACAUCGCCAUGGACCGAGAGCCCAGCAUCUCCAACCCUGCCUAUCUAUUCGAGCAAGACGAAGCCGCCGCUACCUGAUGUCCAGGAAGAGCCGUACGAGAGGGAAGAGGACUUUAUUGCAGCCGGCCUUGAGUGCGACUAUGGUGACUUUGGUCUCUAUGACUGUUUAUGUGAUGCCCCAUGCUCGCACCAUGGUGAUCUGGUGCAGAGUCCGACCAUUCCUGCCUCUUAUAUGGCUUCCGAUGUCGAUUAUGAUCUCGGGUUCCUAAGCGACGGUGACUUUGGUCAGGAUCUGCGGUCCAAGAAGAGACGUCAGGGUUCUGACACGCGGUUCGGCAACUGGAGCGCACGCUUCAGCUCACGACUUCCAAGUCUUUCGCGAUGGCGGUCAGCAAGCACCAGCUCCAAGGCGGCCAGUUUUGCGUACUCGGCCUCCUCCGAUCCUUCUCUCGCAAGUCGGCGACCGAGCCUGGUUCGCGCAAUAUCCAGGUCCUCUUCGUUGUCAGGGCCAGCACGUACGGCCUCGGACUAUCCUGCUCAAGACUCCGACAUUCCCGAAACCCCAGCGCUGUCGUUCUAUGAGAGCUGCGAGAGCGUCGUCCUUCCUUCCCCCUUGGAAGUGUCUCCGGCGACCGUCGGCAAGAAACUGGAGCGCGACCGGACAAUUGCAACAACUCCUCUGCUGCCGCCGUUGAUGACCGAAGCGCCAGUGCCCGCUUCGUCGCAGACCAGGCCUCCAUCCCUCCAAAUGUCUCCACUGCAAUCACCUACUCUACCCUCGCCUGUACCCGACUUGUCAGGAACGAAGACCUUCCCAAGCCCACCACUCAGCAACAAGCCCUCUUUGACCUCGCUCUGGAGGGGAACUGUCUCCAGCACUUUCAGCGAUGCGCCGUCACCAGUGCCAUAUCUUUUCGAUCUUCAGGACGCAUGGUCGGAUCGUCUGGGUCAUGCAAACUUUACCAUCGAGCCAAAACCUUACAUGCCCGAGACAGCUGACCUCGCCACGCUGCAAGCCUUCCGCGCGGAUUGGAACCAGGCCCGAACGAACUACGCCAAGCAUCUUGUGCGUAUCAGCGAGCACUAUGGGAGCACUUCCAACAUCUACGCAUUGACGGAGGCUAAGUGGGCCGAGAUCGACCAGGAGUGGCAGCGCAAUGAAGACCAGCUAGUCGAGCGUCUCGGGAAGAAUGAUCCGGUGGCGCUUUCACAGCUGCGCCGUACCUCGGAAGAACGCCUGUCUCCUUCAGUCCCGCGCAUGCUUAGUGACGAUGGCAAGUUCCCCGAGCUCGGGGAUGUUGAGAUUGUCGGGCCAAUGCAGCGCGAUGCAGUUAUGGCUGGGAACAGCCAGCAUGAGCGAAAGAACAGCGUUUCAGCGCUGUUGAAGAGCUUGGCUGGGAAGGUGGGGCUGCGCAAAUGA